ACAAACCCGGUUAAAUGGGGAGGCUGCGAGUGGUCUGUACAGUGAACCGUGUAAAUACUGAGGCGCGUCAUUUCAUUUUUUUGUCAUCGCGUUCAAUCAUUUUGUGCUCAGACUAAUAAUAUGCACAGCUGCCAAACAGUCGUGCCGAGGAAAAGGAACUGCUGUAGCCAAGUUUAGGGAAAGUUGACCUAUGAAAAGUAUGAAUAGUCUGAAAUUCUGGGAGCAGCUCCGAGCUGGAAGCUCCGAGGUGGACUGGUGUGAGGGCAACUAUCUAAUCUCCCCGAACAUAGCGGAGUUUUACAACACGAUAAGCAAUGUGUUGUUUUUCAUUUUGCCACCUAUACUGAUGUGCUUAUUCCGCCAAUAUGCAACACAUUACAACCGUGGAAUUUAUCUAAUAUGGGCGCUGCUCGUUGUUGUCGGCAUUGGCUCAACCUAUUUCCAUGCCACGCUGAGCUUACUUGGACAGAUGCUGGAUGAACUGGCCAUUCUCUGGGUGCUGACGUGUGCUAUUGCAAUGUGGUUUCCUAAGAGAUACCUGCCUAGAAUGUUCCAGAAAGACAGGUCUCGGUUUAAGGUGGUGGUCGGUGCACUGUCCGGCACCACCACAUGCUUGGCCUUUGUGAAGCCUGUGUUGAACUCCAUCUCUCUGAUGACCCUGGGUAUCCCCUGCACAGCUCUGCUCUUCACUGAACUCCGGAGGUGUGAGAACCCACGUGUAUGUAAACUUGGUGUAAUUUCUGCUGUCUGGUGGGUUCUUGCUCUUCUGUGCUGGGUCAGUGACCGGCUCUUCUGUGACAUGUGGUCCACUGUCAACUUCCCGUACCUCCACUCUGCUUGGCACAUACUCAUCUGUCUGGCCUCUUACCUGGGCUGCGUGUGUUUCGCCUAUUUUGAUGCAGCCACAGAAGCUCCAGAGAGAGGACCUGUCAUCCUUUUCUGGCCCAGCGAACGGUGGGCCUUCAUCGGGGUCCCCUAUGUCACGCUGCUCCACAGCCGGCGGAAGCCCUGUGUCAAGGUGACAUAGAGGGUCAGAACAUGGCACCAAUAUGGCACGUUUUUUGAUAAUGUCAACAGAAUAUAAACUGGCAUCAAGAUGCUGAUAUAACAUAGCAUGAUGAUAUAAAGUCACACCUUGAAGUCAGGAGGAUAUGUACAGGAUAAGGAUAAAAUAAAGAUGACAUUAGGUGACAUAAGAAGGCUAUUUGCUAAGCACAAAGUGACAUAAGAAGGUUAUUACUUAAGCACAAGCAGGCAGACUCUACCUCAGACAGACUCCUUCUUAGUAGCAGAGGCUUGGCCGACACACAACCUUCUCCUCAACAGCAGCAUUUUGAGACAUGCAUUAAAUGCAUAAUUAUUGUAAAAGCCCAACCAUAUUUUUCAACUAUCAGUUUUACACAACAUAACACAAUAACACAAUAUAAAUGUUUUUUAUUUUCAAGCACUGAUGAAAUAAUCAGUUCAGUCUAGCUCCACUUCACUUCUCUUAUAGCAAUCCUAAUUUUAUUUUAAUUUGUGAUGUACUGUAUGGUGAUAUUCAAAGAGAAACACUUAUCCCUAAUAAAUUAGUUCACAAAUUAUUGCUAUUAAAUGAGGCUUAUUGGGUUUUAGCUGAUGCAAAGCCAGUUCAUGUCAGAGUUUACUGGAUGAUGAUUUCUUAAGAACCACUGUUACACUGCAUGUGCUACUAACUAUAAUGCUAUACAAGGCCUGUAUUAUUAUCUUAAUAUAUAGAUUUGUUAACCCUACAGAAAGCAUUUUUAAUAAAAGUGUUUUUAUUAUAU